UUCAAAUAUAUAAUCUACGAGAUGAUUUGUUAAUCCAUGCCCCACCUCAUUAAAACAUGGAAUGUUGCAGCCCUACCCCUACCCCUGCCCCUGUGCCUCUACAUAUACAUAAUUCAUGCCAACUGAUCUGCCGGUCCUUCCUCGAAUCUUGAUUUGCAUAAAUCAACCGAGUUAAAUCCGGUGUGUCCUCGUCCUAUAAACUUUCGUUUAGAGUUUUCCUAUGAAGCCUGCAAAUCAGCAUCCGGAGCCUGAAAUUGCUCCAAGAGGUGAGAUCGAAGAGGGUGAAAUCGGUGUCUUCGGUGCCGAAAAAUACUUCAACAUGGAGCUCGAUGAUGGUGAGUGUCCCAAGCUUUAUGACAAGUAUUCGAACCAAAUCGAUCUUCAUCAUAUGACUCUUUGUGCAAGUUCAGAAACCAGCUGGAACAUCCAAUCUGUUUCCUUACCGAAUUUUACAAGGAGUCGAUCCGAAAACAGGCGAACCAAGGUCGAUGGAAGGAGCUUUUUCUCCAGUCUUGGUAGCAGCGGGUCCUCUUCAGAUGGGAAAUCUGUUUAUCUCAAUCAAAACGUUGUUCAUGGAAAGGAUUACAGCAAAGAACACAUUCGAGUCGAUCACAGGCCUAUAGACAUGGACGGAACGAAGCUGGUUCAAGCAAAAUUUAAGGUGGAAGAUGAGUUUGACACCCAGAUUUUCGAUCCACGAAAAUCCCUGGAAGUGUUCGGAUCCAGUGGUAUGAACAAAGGAGACAUAGCCAAGAACCUUGAGAGGAAACUGUGUAUGUUAACAUGGGAUGCCUUUCCAAAUGCCCCAACCAUUUCAUCUAUAUACAAAAGCAGGCUUCUAGGGGAUGAUGAUGAUGAACAUAGUGAAGGUAGCUCAGAUCUCUUUGAGAUAGGCAACAUAUUAGGCGAUGGUGAAGCAUCUGAUGGCAUGUCUAGCUGCAUGAUGACCCCAUAUGCACCAAGCGAGACCAGCAUUCAAUGGAGUGUGGUCACUGCCAGUACUGCAGCUGACUGCUCAGUUGUUUCAGGUUACAAUGAUGAAACGAAAUCAGCGAAAAGUAUUAGAGCUCCAGCAUCAAAAACCACCACCAAAGAGGCUCAAAGAAGCCGAUCAGGUGGGAUAUUGGGGUGCCGAAGACACAAAGCAGUCAUGGUGGCUGAAAGUACUGCAUAUAGAAAGAGAUGCUAAUUUUGGCAGAAUGGCAUAAUGAAAUUGUACUGGGGGAGCGGGGACAACUAUGUUUUGGAGGUUCUGUACAGGAUUAAAGCCAAGUUGCUUUUGAAGAAGCAGUCUUUGCUUCACUUGAGAGACUACAAACAUACAACUUUGCGUUGGCAUUUGUUGUUUGUGUUCCAAACUGAAGAUCCUAAAACAUGAAGACGGAAAAAGUGGCAUAUAAUAUCAUGUCUUCAAAUCUCCUAUGUUCUUGUCAUCUUUUGUAUGUUGCAUUUGUAAUCUUCUAUAUAUAUAUAUAUAUAUAUAUAUAUAUUAAAAUCGAAAUAUCAGUACUUCUACGUGAGUAGCUUAAAAUGUCGUAAUGCAUGCUUUAUGUAAUUAAUUUAUUUAGUGAUUAAGUUUUUUAUUAAAAUUAAAAUCUUAAAUCAAUUUAAAAACAUUUAUUAAUAAAA